AUGAAAACCGUACCACUCCGAUCAUUUCAAGAAUUUCUAGGCAGCUCGGCUCGUUUCGGUGUGCCAACUGAUGCCAGCUGGCGCAACCGUUUGUUGGCUAAUCUGGUCUAUUAUCAGUCUAACUACUUUCUGAUAAUAAUUCACAGCUUUCGGAAUCCCACCUCCCUAGUGGUAGGACUUGGAAUCACCUGUAUCCCACUGGUGUUGUUCAUGCUCGCCGAUAUUUCUCCUCAAACAGUGCGAAAUCCAAAGGUCGCUUUACCCGUGAUCAUUGCAUUAUCAUUAUUGUUGCUCUAUUCAAUUAAUCAUUUAAUUUUCUUUCUUGUUGCUAUCCUCAUCCCAUGCCUCGGUAAGUUUGCAAGUUUCUCGGCCUACUAA